GUCUCUCUCUCUGUCAAAAAAAUAAAUAAAAUCUAAAAAAAAAAAAAAAGAAGAAGAGGAGAGGCUGUUGACAUUAGGUCCAUACUUUGCAGGGCCUCGUAUGUCAUUCUAAGGAGCUUAAAUGUCAUCUUACAGAAGAUGGGGAGGUGUGAAGGGCAUAGCACAUUUGAAUCUUAGACGGGUAACUUUGGCGGACUGUGGGAAAAGAGCUGGCCUGAGAGGGUGUAGGGCCCCUUGUAGAGGCCUCUGAAAUAAUAAUCGAAGUGAAAAAAUGCUGAAGGCUUGAAACAAAGCGUGGCCAUAAGAAACAGAAAGGAGGGGAGGAAUUUGAGAUGUUCAGGAGCUUCUAGCUUUUGUGUCUGUGUGCGGGCAUAGACGAGACUGGCUUUGUGGCUGGAACUUGGGUAUUCACCUUUGUGUCCUCAGCGUCCACUCAGUGACGGGUAGGAUCACUUGGUGAAGGUUGGCUCAAUGAAUUCGGAAAUGAAAUACUAGGGGGAGGGGUAUGGAGGAGAUGAGAAGAAAGGAAUAUGCCUAGGAGAGUGCUGAGAAAGAAAGGGAAAUGCAGGAAGUCCGUGAGUAAGAAUGGCCAUUCUCUGCCUCUUCCAUUGGUCCCCAAUUCCUCGCCCUCCGGAGACUCUGGGACCUACGAACAACCAGCAUCGGUUUUCCCGCCACUCGCAGGGGGCUCCGCCUCCCUAGCGCUCAUUGGCUAAAAGCCAUCAACAUUGGGCCACGUCCCUUCCGCGACUCUGGCUGCGUUUCCCCGCCCCCUCCUCCUCCAGCACUUAGAGCACCGCCCCUACCGGCUAGGCCACGCCCACGCCGGAGUCCUCCCAGGAGGCGGGCUUCGUUGGCCCCGCUCCUCCCGAGGCGGCUCCCGCCAGGGGGCGCCGCGCAACCCGCCGGCCUCCCGCCCGCGAGUCUGGCGCACACACCCCCUCCACCCCCCUCGCCGGCAGCUCCGAGCCCGCCGGGCUGCGUGCGCCGGCUCCUACUCCGGGAGGGGUCGGGGUCCCAGAUGGCCGCGGCAGGGUGUACGACGCCAAGCCUGUAAGCCAACGGGCGUCAUGGAGGCAGAGCAGCGGCCGACGACAGGGGCCGACGAACGGGCGACCCCUGGGCUGGAGGCAGCGCCUCCUGCUGCCCCGCCGCCUGCGACCGCGGCCUCGGGACCGCUCCCCGGGCCCGCUUCGGGGCCCGAGCCCAAGCGGAGGCAGCUCGGGACGCUGCUCCAGCCCACGGUCAACAAGUUCUCCCUUCGCGUGUUCGGCAGCCACAAAGCAGUGGAAAUCGAGCAGGAGAGGGUCAAGUCAGCGGGGGCCUGGAUCAUCCACCCCUACAGCGACUUCCGGUUUUACUGGGACCUGAUCAUGCUCCUGUUGAUGGUGGGGAACCUCAUUGUGCUGCCCGUGGGCAUCACCUUCUUCAAGGAGGAGAACUCCCCGCCGUGGAUCGUCUUCAACGUCCUCUCGGACACUUUCUUCCUGCUGGAUCUGGUGCUCAACUUCCGCACCGGCAUCGUGGUGGAGGAGGGCGCCGAAAUCCUGCUGGCACCGCGUGCCAUCCGGUCACGCUACCUGCGCACCUGGUUCCUGGUCGACCUCAUCUCCUCCAUCCCGGUGGAUUACAUCUUCCUGGUGGUGGAGCUGGAGCCGCGGCUGGACGCUGAGGUCUACAAAACAGCCCGGGCGCUGCGCAUCGUGCGCUUCACCAAGAUCCUCAGCCUGCUGCGGCUGCUCCGCCUCUCCCGCCUCAUCCGCUACAUACACCAGUGGGAGGAGAUCUUUCACAUGACCUACGACCUGGCCAGCGCCGUGGUCCGUAUCUGCAACCUCAUCGGGAUGAUGCUGCUGCUGUGCCACUGGGACGGCUGCCUGCAGUUCCUGGUGCCCAUGCUGCAGGACUUCCCUCCUGACUGCUGGGUCUCCAUCAACCACAUGGUGAACCACUCGUGGGGGCGCCAGUAUUCCCAUGCCCUGUUCAAGGCCAUGAGCCACAUGCUGUGCAUCGGCUACGGGCAGCAGGCCCCUGUCGGCAUGCCCGACGUCUGGCUCACCAUGCUCAGCAUGAUCGUGGGCGCCACCUGCUACGCCAUGUUCAUCGGCCACGCCACGGCGCUCAUCCAGUCCCUGGACUCCUCCCGACGUCAGUACCAGGAGAAGUACAAGCAGGUGGAGCAGUACAUGUCCUUCCACAAGCUGCCGGCUGACACCCGGCAGCGCAUCCACGACUACUACGAGCACCGCUACCAGGGGAAGAUGUUCGAUGAGGACAGCAUCCUGGGCGAGCUGAGCGAGCCACUUCGGGAGGAGAUCAUUAACUUCACCUGCCGGGGCCUGGUGGCCCACAUGCCGCUGUUUGCCCACGCCGACCCCAGCUUCGUCACAGCCGUGCUGACCAAGCUACGCUUUGAGGUCUUCCAGCCGGGGGACCUGGUGGUGCGCGAGGGCUCCGUGGGCAGGAAGAUGUACUUCAUCCAGCACGGGCUGCUCAGUGUGCUGGCACGUGGCGCCCGGGACACCCGCCUCACUGACGGAUCCUACUUUGGGGAGAUUUGUCUGCUGACGCGGGGCCGGCGCACAGCCAGCGUGCGGGCUGACACCUACUGCCGCCUCUACUCGCUCAGUGUGGACCAUUUCAAUGCCGUGCUGGAGGAGUUCCCCAUGAUGCGCCGGGCCUUUGAGACCGUGGCCAUGGAUCGGCUGCAACGCAUCGCCUUCCCCUUGGACUCUCUUUGUAUCCGCAUUCUCUCCCCACUGGGACCAUUUCUAGGCAAGAAGAAUUCUGUACUGCAGCGGAAACGCUCCGAGCCAAGUCCGGGCAGCAGUGGGGGCACCAUGGAGCAGCACUUGGUGCAGCAUGACAGGGACAUGGCCCGGGGUGUUCGGGGCCCAGCCCCAGGCACAGGCGCUCGGCUCAGCGGAAAGCCGGUGCUGUGGGAGCCACUGGUGCGAGCGCCUCUGCAGGCGGCUGCUGUGACGUCCAGUGUGGCCAUGGCCCUGACUCACCAGCGGGGCCCGCUGCCCCUCUCCCCUGACUCUCCAGCCACCCUCCUGGCUCGCUCUGCGCGACGCUCAGCAGGCCCCCCAGCCUCCCCGCUAGAGCCUGUCCGAGCUGGCCCUCUGCUGGCCCGCGGUCCAUGGGCAUCUACCUCCCGCCUGCCCGUCCCGCCUGUCCGAACCCUCCAUGCCAGCCUGUCCCGGGCUGGGCGCUCCCAGGUGUCCUUGCUGGGUCCCCCCCCAGGAGGAGGUGGACGGCGACUAGGACUUCGGGGCCGCCCACUCUCAGCCUCCCAACCCUCUCUGCCUCAACGGGCCGCCGGAGAUGGCUCUCCCGGGCGUAAGGGCUCAGGAAGUGAACGCCUGUCCUCCUCAGGGCUCUUGGCCAAGCUUCCAGGGACAGCCCAGCCCCCCAGGCCCUCAGUGCCCGAGCCAGCUGCCCCUCGGGGCCCCCAGCUCUCUGCCAACAUGUGAAACCCUUGGGUAAGCUCUUGGAUGCAGCAGUGUGUGCCCGAGGGCAGACACCUCUUGGGGAGGCCAAGGAGACCUGAAACAUGGCCCUGUGGGAAUAUCUCCCUUUACUACCAAGGGGACAGUCUCUGUCCUCAGCUCAGGCACCCUGCAGCCUGUCUGACAUCCUCCUAAUCCAUUCACCCAUCCUCCAAAUGUCUGAGCGCCUACCAUGUUCAAGACACUGUGCCAGGCGCUGUAUGUCUUCACUGCCAAGUAGAAGUGACUCCAAGGCCUCCGAGGGGGGCGUUCCCCUGGCAUGAUCCUGCCAGGCGCAGGCGCAGGCGCAGGCCCCCACCUCACCAAGCACAAGUCCUUGCCACUGCCAUCGCUGCCAAGCAACUAGAUGUCUGUUUCCCGGCCCGUGACCCUGCCAGGUGCUGCCUGCUGCGUUCGUCCUUUGUCUCCCUAGCACAGCGGGCACUGCCGAUCCCCUGUGCCUCCGCUGCCAUCAACAGAUGUCUUGGCUCCCCAGUGUGGGCCCGCCCUUCUGCCCCACCAGCAGGAACACGUCUCCUGUCAAGUCCCCUGCACUCUCUGUCCCCAUGCUAGAACUGUCUUUUUGUAGACUGGGGCCACCUCCUCCCCCUGCCCCUGCCCUGCUGGUGAUGGAUGGUUGACACCUUGACGCUGAAGGAUGGUUGGCACCUCCUUAUUUAAUGUGCCAGCCUGGAUCCCCCCAAGUGGGGGCAAGUGGCUGAUCCUUAGAUGGCACUCUUUCUUUCCUCCCUUCCUCCCUCCCUUGUUUAUUCUUAUUA